CUUUAUUAUUACCCCUUAAGUUUUGAAGUGAGUCUAAUGAAUUAUAUUUUAAGUUUGGUCCUGAUGCAAUUAAGUCUAUUGAAAUCGGACCAGAUGGUGCUGUUAAACUUGCUGGAAAAGGAUGAUAACUUUAUUCUCUAAUUAAAAUAUCAUUCUAUUUAAGCACCUAUACAUUAAUAGAAACUUAACAUUCCUUUGAUGGGUCAUCUAAGGAUAUUGCUCUUAAUGUGUAAGACUUUAUUCCAUCAUUAGGAAUAUCCAUCUACUUUAAACGAAGUAAACCAUUACUAAUUAAGAAUUUAUAAGCAGAAUUUUCAUUUAUUCCCAAUAAAUCUGGUUCAUAAGGAUUUAUAAUCACCUAAUCAAAUAUAUCUUGAGUAUAUGUAUACAGUUUUUCACCUGUACCUGAAUUAUAAAAGUAAAUAUAUGAAUUAAUUUUCAACACCAAAUAUUAUUAACUCAUUUAGACUUAAAAUUCUUUAUAACUAGUUAGAAUUGGAGUUUUGAUUGUAAAUUUUUGUUGAUCAUUUUCAUAAAAAUUUGCUGAAUUUUAAAAUACUAAAACCAAUUAUUAAGUAACAUUUCCAUUAUCAUUAAUUAGAUAAUUAACAUCAAAUCCAUAACAUUGUGUAAUGUAAGGAGGAUUAAUGUGACUUUUGAGUUACCAUUAUAAAUGAAUAGAUUCGAAGUAUAAAACAUAAACUCCAUUAAAAGCAUCUAAAACAUAAAUACUUCCAUCAGGUUCUAUUUAGAAAUCAACUAAAUAAAACUUUUAUUAAGAUUCAGGAGUUCCUAAUAAGGUUGCUAAUACUUUUUUAGUCAAAAUAGUAAUUGGUGACGGAUUAAUUAAUUGAAAUUUAUCAUCAAAUUUGUAAACUUCUAAUUCACAAUCAUCA